AUGGGAAACGGAGCCAAGGCCCAGAUGAAGCGCGAUCGCGGCGCAAAGGAUACCAAAGUCGCCAAAUCGCAAACCAAAUCUAAUGAGAAGGCCAUGAACAUCCAGUGCAAGGUCUGCUUGCAGACCUUCCUGCAGACUACCAAGGCUCCUGCUCUUCAGGAGCAUGCCUCCAACAAGCACAAGAAGGGUCUCCCUGACUGCUUUCCUUCUGUCACUGUCUAA